UCGUGCUUCCAACAACUCAGUCCCGCUGUGAACGCAGCAAGGAACGCCACGGAUUUUCUCCCUACCGCAAACACACAACUUACACACUUCUUACAUUUCUCAAAAAUAUCUUAACUUGUUAUCGCGAAAAUUUUCAAAAACCAUCGGAAACAAAUUAAAGUAACACUUACAAAAAAAAGUUUUUUUUUAAUAGUGUUAUUUAAAAUUCGUGAUUUUGUAACUACUGGAUUUGUGCAUAGUGAGUGACCUUUGUGAUCAAGUGACAAAAAAAAAACAGUGUAUAGUCUUAAACUGGAAAAGGAAAGCAUUAAAUAGAACAGUACAAAACCAAAUAGAGAAGUGAUUGAGAAAUUGAAAACUAAAAAAGGGAGUGAUCUAGAAAUAGUGAUUAAAGUCUCUUGAUUUAGAAUCAGUUCGUAAUGAGGAGGCGACUCAAGUAGUUCGCCAUAAGGAAUCGAGAAACUCUUUUUUGGAUUUAAUCAACACUUUGUCGUGACAAAAUUAGAGAAUCAUUGCAGAAACAAUCGAUUCAAACUGGAGGGAAUAAAGCAGGAGUUCACAAUGAUGAACGCCUUUCUUGAUGGGGUGCCAACACACCCUCAUCAUUUAGCAUCUCUUGGGAUCAAGUUGUCACCCUCGAAUAGUCCUACCGGUUGCAUGGACUCAAACGUUCAACCUUCUCCAGGUGAUGCUCCAGUGCAACAGCAUCAUCACUUUCAUCCCCAGAGUUAUGCCCCACAUCAUCCGCAUCCCGGCUCACACAUGGCCCCUCACAUGGGUCACCACAUGAGUCAUCAUCCAGGUUAUGCGGCACGUGAUUUCCUCCUUCGAAGGGAACACGAAUUCAAUGCGACGGCAAACGCAACAACGCCCGAGAGUGGUUUGGGUUUGUUUACACCAUUGCAUCACGACGGUUCGGCCGGCGGUAUGCAACAAUUUCCCCAUCAUCCUGGUCAACAUCCCUUAACGGCGACGAGUCACUAUCCUGGCCACUAUCCUCAGGACAGUAGACUGCCUCCACCACCACCGCCACCACCUCAUCAUCAGUAUUUAGGAGCACCACAUUUGACGCCGUCGAUUCACCAUCAACAACACCCCUCGGUCAAUCAUCCGAGUCAUCAUCCGCACGGUGCAUUCCUCAGGUACAUGAGAACGGGCGGUGGUACGACGAAUAAUCAAAGGCAGGAGAUGCCUUGCAUGUGGGUUGAUCAGGAUGCUCCUGGCUCGGGAAGGAAGCUGUGCGGUAAGGUCUUCAAUUCACUUCAUGACAUCGUGACGCAUCUGACAGUUGAGCACGUGGGCGGUCCAGAGUGCACGACGCACGCGUGUUUCUGGCAAGGUUGCUCCAGAAAUGGCAGGGCCUUCAAGGCCAAGUACAAACUCGUCAAUCACAUCCGAGUACACACUGGCGAAAAACCAUUUCCAUGUCCGUUCCCAGGAUGUGGCAAGGUCUUCGCCAGGUCGGAAAAUUUGAAGAUUCACAAGAGAACGCAUACCGGAGAGAAGCCUUUCAAAUGCGAAUACAGCGGCUGUGACAGACGAUUCGCGAAUAGCAGCGAUCGGAAAAAACACAGUCACGUCCACACGUCAGACAAGCCUUACAACUGUCGAGUUUCCGGCUGCGAUAAGUCCUACACCCAUCCGAGUUCAUUGCGCAAACACAUGAAGGUGCACGGAAUGACAUUGGGAGAUGGAAAACUCGGAGGCGGUUACGAGAGCGAGGGCGAAGAAAGUAGCAGUAGCGGUGGUAGUUUAUCAGUAACGGGCCACACGGAAUCGCCACAACCUCAAACUGUUGUUUCGGCAACAACAACACUAACGACAAAUCCACCACCGACACACCUAUCGUCAAGGGGUCCCGAAUUAACGGAAUGGUACGUCUGUCAACCGACGCCAGUGGGUUCACAACACAGUCCCCUGCCAGGUCCACCACCACAUCAUCUUGGUCAUCACUUUAACCCAUUGAUGCAUCAUCAAGCGACUGCGUAUUAACCAAACUUUUCUUGAUGAUCUGAAUAUUAAUCUGGACAAUUUCACCAUUAGAAGACAAUUGAUCCUUUUGGCUGAAUCCUUUCGGAAAACAAUCAAAAACACACUUUUCGGAUGAAUCCUUUCGACUUCUUUCGGAAAACAAUAAAAAUCAAACAAUCCUUUUGGAUAAAUUUUUGAGAAACUCCUAACGAAAGAAUUUUUAGAAUGCAAUCCUUUCGGAUGGAUUUUGUGAAAAGGAUUCUUCAAAAUGGAUUUUGCAACAGUCAUUUUAGUUUGACAAAGUACUUUCAUGAUUCACGAAAAAAAAAUGAAAGCGGCUAAAGACCAAAUCCAGCGAGUAUUCAUUAAUAUCUAAAAUACUAAUGACAAAUACGUGACUGGUUUUUUAUUCUUUUGUUGGAAUUGAUCCAGAUUAAAUAUUUAUGGGAUUAGGCCAAUUGGGGGAUCGCAUGGAUAUUUUUUUUUUCGUUCUGUUCGAUGUUCGUCAUCGACGCUUGGCUGUGGAACCUCUCUGCAAAAAUCGAAUGUUUGAAAUCAGUUGGCAAAUUGGUUUGAUUGAAUUAAAUAUUUUUUGCACUUUUUAAAUUUCAUUCUUUCAUCAUUAAUUCUCAUUAAUUAAGACGAAACUUAAAUUUCAUCAUCAACUGUCAUUAAUUAACACGAAAAUUAAUUUUCAUCAUUAACACGAAAAUUAAUUUUCAUCAUUAACAUGAAAAUUAAUUUUCAUAAUUCAAUUGAAUUGGAUUGAAUAGAAUAUUAUUAAAUUCAAAUAGCAUUUCUAUCUUUACACCAUCAGCGAUUUCUUUUUUUCUAAAUUCGAAUUUUUUCCGCAUAUAUUAAAGAUAGAGAAUUAUUUUUUCCACUUGAAAUUGAGAAAAAUUUUGUAAUCGUUCUACAAUCAAUAGUUUUUUAUUUUUCGUUAAAAUAUUGUUUCAAUUUUAACUUUCCGUUGAGGUGAAUAAUUGGACCAAUUUGAUCAAAUUGAGACAUUAAACAAGAGAUCAAAAAAAAAGUGUUCGUCAACGGAAAAUUAACAUUUUGUUAUACUAUCUGUGCUGGCGCAGAUUCUACUGAUUGCAAUUUUCUUUUUUCAAUUCUAGUUCAUUUUUAGGGAAAAAAAUUCGAUCGAAAUUAAAAUUUUUUCUACUUGAUUACAAAGGAGACUAAAAGAAAAAAAUAAAUAAAAAAGCUACAUUGCGAACCAAAGGAAAAUGCAGAUCUCUUGAAAUAAAAAUAUUCAUUUGUUGUAAAUAAUUACUAUAAAGAUCUCAAAGUGCAUAAUAUUAGGGCCAAUGUAAAGAAUUAAUUCAUUAAGAUACCAAAUGAUUCCAAUGAUCGAAUCAAAUUCCUUCGAAUAAUAAGUUUAAAAGAAACGAAUUUGUUUUGAUACAUAUUAAAUUGUAGUUUAAUUAUAGCAUAUAUAUAUAUUUAUUUUUAUCAAAUGCGACAUUUAGUAUUUAAAUUGAUGUCGAAACAAAUCUCUCUUUUAAACUUGUUACCAAUAUUGGAACUGAAACGAUUUGAACCUUAUUAAUUAAAAAUGUUUUUCAAUCGAAUAAAUUUAAUGAAUUACCUAUUUUCGAAUAGUUCUAGAAUCGAAUAGAGUAUAAAAAAAAGCUUGAUAUAUGGAAAUCGCAUUAGGUGAUUGUAUAAAAGUGCAACCACAUUUGUGCCUCAAUUUUACUUCAAACCAAAUAUAGCAAAACAGUUUCAAAACUUUCGAUGUGCACACGCCUAAAACGCUUCUUUAUAGUCGUCACGUGAAAUCUAGUAAAUACCAACUAAGAAAAUAUAUUUCUGUUUUUUCCCUUGACGUAUUUUUUUUAAUAUUCUUAAUUAAUUUUUUCCCCAACCAUAUAUUAAAAACAGUUUUCAAAUUUCGAAAAAUUCCCCAAUGAUUGUAAAUAAUUUCAAAAAAAAAAUCGUCCAACUCUCAAUUUAUUUCGUCCAAAGAGUUAAUUUAUUUUAAAGAAAAAAAAUUGUAAAUUAAGAAUAUUAAAAAAACUGAUUCUAAACGAAAUAUUAAUAAAAGUGUAAAUUGCAAA